AUGGCAAAAGACUUUUAUGUUUUAAGUGUAAAAAUUUUUUCUAUGACAAGAAAUAAAGUUCCUAACAAUGUUUCAGUUCAUUAGGAAAUUUUGAAUCUAUUCAACAUGUAAACGAUUCUAAUAAAUGGGAUGAUAUAAAAUAAUCAAGAUAAGACUUAAUGAAAAAAUAUCAUCAAUUCAAAACUAAUGAAGUAAAAUAACCAAAUUUAUCAACCUAUUAAUCUUAAAAGGUAAUCUUAACUUAAUUAAAGGUUAUGAUUCCAAAAAUUGAGAAUUUUGAUAUUAAAUUAAAUAUCAAGAGGGAUACUGCAAUAAAGAAUAAAGAUAAAGAAAAUAUUCUAUGUUCAUAAUAGAAAUAAUAAGAAAGAUCAGGAUCAAACAGUUAGAGAAUUAGAUAUGAAUCAGUAUAUGAUAGGUAUAAUAAAAUAUAUAUAAAAAUAGAUUAUAUAAUUUAAGAGAUGCAGAAAAUAAAGGAACAAAAGUAGUUCAAAAGAUUUUAAAUCAUAAUAAUAACAAUUCAUAAAAAUAAUCAAAAUCAAUUUUGGGUCAUAAUAUCUUAAUUCAAAAGAGAUCCUCAGAUCCAUCAAUUUUGAUGCCUAUUUCAUCUUUGAUUAAGAAAACCUAAAAGCAAUAAAUAGAUUAAUAGCAAGAUCAAAAAAAUACAUAAAAUUAAAUUCAUAAUCAAUAAAAUAAUUCUUAGGAUCUUUAUAGAGUUAAUGUCAGUAGAUAGUAAGUUUGCCAUCUUGAAAAAAACGAAAGUAUUAAAUAAAAUUAGUCAACAGAAAUUCAAAGUAAUCUAAAUUUAUCUUAAAUACCUAUUAAACAUUGUUAUUUUUCUUUAAUAAAUGCUGAAGAAAGUACUUAAAAUUUAUUAAAUAGGUAGAGUUAUAAAAUAAGAAAGUGAGAUCUUUAAGUAGUGAGAAAAAUAAAACAAAAUAAAGUUUUAAAUCAUAAAAGGGAAAUCGUGCACACACAUAAGGAAAGUAGGAGAAUAAAAAUUAAUAAAAAAUUAAUAGAUUAUAUGAAUAUAUUUUAGAAGGAAAUUACUGA